AAGGGAACCAGUCACACCAGCGCACAGCAGACAUGGCAGCCGAGCGCGCCGGAGCGGCUCUCGAGGAAACGGACGAGGUACAUUCAUCAGAUUUGGAGUUUCAGGAACACGGUGGUAACAUCCAGAAGAGACAUGCCCGGGUUACCGUGAAGUACAACCGAAAGGAGCUGCAGAGGCGGCUGGACGUGGAGAAGUGGAUCGACGAGAGCCUGGAGCGGCUGUACGCGGGGCAGGAAGGUGACAUGCCAGAGGAGGUGAACAUUGACGACCUGAUUGGCCUGCCUAACGAUGAUGAGCGAGUCAAAAAGUUACAGGAGCUCCUUCGAACGUGCAACAACAACACAGAGGCCUUCAUCAGGGAUUUGGUGGUGAAGCUGGAGGGAGUUCACAAGCAGGAGGAGCUGCAGAGCAAAGGCAUCGAGCAUCCCAUCAUCAGCCACAGCCACUACCGCCACGAGCCCUACCACUUCAACAACCACCACUAACCCCACUUUAUUUGCAGCACUAUAAGCUGUAGCUCUCAAGUUUUCUCGACUGGAACACACUAUUUUAUCUUGCUCUUAUUGAUAUUACCCUCCUGUCCCCAAGUUAGAUGCAACAGUUCUGCACUAACUGAUCAAGUCACUGAAGGAAAACAACAACAAUAUCAUGUUUAACACUUUAGACACAUAUGACCAAUUAACAUUAGUUAGAUUAUGAUGUCAUGAAUGUUACAGUAUUUAUUGUCAUGUUCACAGUACAUGAAGAUGGAUCCAAGUGUGACACUGGAAGUAAUCCUGUUGCAUUGCUGACACACUGUUGCUUUUUAAUCAUCCAUCCCUUCUGUUUUUGAGACAGUGUUACUACUAUUUAAGUUGCAAAGUGACACUAGUCCUUUCAAUUGCAGGAAUUCUAAAUAAAAAUGUUUUUCUCUGUCGG